GUGAAAUUUCUACCAGAAAACCCGAAGGGUCUCCUGCCAUGGAUCCGUUCCUGCUGACUGUCGUCCUGGGUUCAGGGUCAUGUGCAGCCUUCUGUCUGGUGAUCCUGCUGCUGGUGGUGGUGCUCUACAGAAAGGAUCUGCUUUGCUGCAGACUCAGGCCCUACAGGACACAGGAAUAUGCAAAUGACCUGCCCCAGUACAGCAGCAGACACUCUCUCAUCGGCAUCGCCCACCGUGAGCACAAUGCCGUCUUGAAUCAGCGAGCGAUGGGAUCACAGCUUCCUGGAACGCUGUUCAUCGUCGGAAAGCCAAGCGACUACCACCUGACGGGCCCGCAGCCACGACUGCCGUCUUACGAAAGCGUGCGGAAGAUGGACCGCCAAAGACAGAUCCACUGCAUGAUUGCUCGGCGCUUUGGCCUGGGUGGCAGCCACGAUGAGCCACCACCAACUUACGAGGAAAUAUUUUAUUUCAAUCCACAAGCUUCUCCAACCAGCCAUCAAUCUUUGGACGUUCACCCGUCCAUAGAUGCGUCACACUCGCGUGAGGACACACGUGGCACAGAGGCGCAGAGUAACGCGUCUGUCUCCCUGACGGGCAAAGAAGACCCCGGCUGCCAAGACGUUUCUCCUGUUUCUGUUAACUGAACGGCGGUUUGAGUCAGAGCUGACGAAUUUGUUCAGUUCUUGGAAGUAUUCGUGUGAUAGUGACUCUGACUCGAGCCUUGUGCUCCUGCAGCCCGACCCGAGCACGACUCUGCUGCCUUUUCGCUUCUUCAGAGGGCGGUUCCAAACGAGCCUGACAGACACACGAUGAUUAGUAAAAGGGCACAAACCUUUGCUGAAGGUGCCGGCCUUGUUUUCUAAAGUAAAAAAAAAAAAAAAAUUGAGUAAUUAGAAAAAUUUCAGAGCCACAAGUUCACAAAGAUUCUUCACAAUUCAGCUAAAAAGAAACAAUUUUGUCAGAUGGACGAAAAAAAAGAAAAAAGAAAUCUGUUGCUAUAAGUGCAUAUGGAAAACAUUUGAUUUCACGGGCCUUUUCUGCAUUCACUCGUCUUGGUUGCUGUAUUAACAUUAAUCAUAGGAAAUCUGAUGAUGAGUUGAGCAGUGGAUGCUGGAUUUUCUCAACUUUGCUCAUAAAUUGUCACUGAUAAAUGCACUUGGUUUAUUUGGCAGUUCAACAACCCAAAGCACACCAGCAGGUCCUCCUCCGAAAUGCUAAUAAAAACCCAAAUGAAUGUUUUGCAGUGGACUAGUUCAAGUCUUGGCUUUGAUCCAACUAUGACGCUGUGGAGUCAUAGUUAAACAGGCCGUUAAUGGAAAACCCUCCAGAGUGACUGACCUGAAAGCAAUAAUGAGCGAACUACAUUCCUGAGCAGUGACUUAUUACCAGUUCUUACAAAAGCUCUACAUCCUAUGAGAUGACAAAUAGCUAAAUUGUGCGUUUUUCACAACACUCAAUGUGAGAUCGAGCAUACAAACGCUGAAAAGUCUGUUAUUAAUUUGCUCUGAUAUUAUAAUGCAAUGUGCUUCAACUCAUCCGGUUUUAUGCAAUUUUCAUCACUGCAACUACAGGAUUUUUUUUUUCCGUCCACGAGUGUUAAAGUAUUCGCUCCCCCUCCGGCUCCUUCAGAAUAGCCAGCAACGAUUAGCAAACACCUGGUGAAACUGGACGUUAAGUCGAGCUCAUCCUUAGAGCUGCUUCUCAAUGAAACGAUGGUAAAAAAUGCUGUUAAAGGGUUAAUAGAGGAGCACUGUUGUGGUGAGUUGCUGAAGGUGGAGUUUCAGAAAGAGCUGGAGUUUUUAAAGAGACAGAGGCCCAAUUUUAAGGUGUUAAAUUACAAAGUCAAAUUUCUACUAAGUCAUAUUGAUACAUGUAGAAUUUUUAUAACAACUGAAGGCAACAUAGUUACUUGAUUGUGCUAUGAAAUGGCUCUAGGUUGCAAAAAUAAUCUCAUCUAAUAAUCUAAUCUGGUCUUUCACCAGGAGUUUAUCCAAGAGUUCCUAAAAGGUUUAACAGUAACUCACAUCCUCCAAGGCUGGUUGUAAUGUUCAAAUAUUGGCUUUCUCAGUCCUUUUACUGAUGAUGGCUGUUUGAAUAUCAAAAAGCAUUUUAAAGGAAUUUAGUUUAUUCCUUAAGACAGGUUUCUUUAAGGUAAAUCAUCAUGUCAAGAUGAGAUGACAGAUGUUCUGUUAUCGAUCCACUCUUAAGAUUCUUAGUGAAGACGCAAAGUGUUAGGAGCUUUGUGUCAUCCAGUCCAGCUUUAUACCAAUAAUGCCAUGAGUUAUGUACGUGCCUGUCAUAAACUCCAUAAACUCUGUUGUCAAAGCA